AUCACGUUAUUAUCCUAAAUUGUGGAUAUGUGUAUGACUGACUUGUUUCAUAAAAAAAAUCUAAAGGCCGAAUCUGUUGAGUAGGAUAUGGCGGUGUUUAAUGCAAAGGCUACCCAAAGAAAGCUACCUUAAGAUCAACAUAAUCCGACCUGGUGUGCGUUUCAAUUGUCAAAGAAUGUGUUUAUUUACCUGACCACCCAGUGACCGAUGGCCAACAGCGACAGAACCAGGAAGAUCUAAAAGGAUGGAAUGUGCAGCAUUUGAAUUGGGAUUUUUACUCACUAUUAUGACAAUGAUACGAAUAAAAGCUUUGAGUUGUUCGUCAAACAAACACUGCGUGUGUUAUAGAGUAAAUGGACAAUUAUGGGCAAAAUGUGAAUAUCUAGAUCUCAAAUCUGCACCAUCUUUUAACAGUGACGUCAUAGGAAUAAAUCUUGCUAACAAUGAACUUUCUACUUUUCCUGCCAACCUUCCUUUUAACAUCCGGUACUUGGAUGUCUCUCGGAAUCAGCUGAGAAACAUUGAUCAACAAUCAUUGGUAAAAUAUAAAUAUCUGAGGAAUUUAAGCAUUUCGGAAAACUCUCUUCAGACGAUUGAACUGGGUUCCUUUAAAAACUCUUCAAAUUUAUUGCAUCUUGAUAUUUCCGGUAAUCAGGAACUAACUUUAGAGGUUGUGGCCAAUAUAUCGAGUGAUUUUAGAAAUUCUGCUUCAAUCCGAGUGUUGAAUUUUGAGAAACUGCAGUGCACGUACGGGGUUAGUUUCAUUGUAAAAAGAUAUCACACUGCUUACCUAAAGUAUACACAGUUGGAGGACCUUAACCUGGCUUCAAAUCGCAUCAACAGCCUGGAACUAGGUGUUCUCACUGAGCUACCCAAGUCACUGAAGCAUCUGAAUUUGGCCAAUAACGUACUCAGUUUUGGAUUAUAUCUUGCUGAGUUCGGUGUGAUGGACAACAUGGUGACACUAAAUGCAAGUUUUCAGUCCUCUUUCCAUCAACUAAAAAUAAAAGAUUUUUUCAUUGGCUGCAAUGAUACUAGGCCGGUUUGUGCCACUAUGUCAGAAAACCAGCAUGGAAAUUUGGUUUCGAACAAUAGACGAUUUUCAUCCCUACUAAGACCUAAAAACAUAACAAUCUACUUGCCACCUAAAUUAAAAUCUUUGUAUUUUCAUGACAACUUGUAUAAAAUGACUCUUCAAGACUUUGCUUUUACUUCUGUAACAAAAUCUGCAUUGUCAAAGGUAUACUUGCAGAACAAUAUUAUCUAUGAGAUGAAUGGACCUAUUACAGGCAUAGACAAUGUAGUUUAUAUGGACCUCUCCAACAAUUUUUGCAGCAAUAUCUCACCAAGAUUUUUCGAAGAUUUCAAGAACUUGUGUUAUCUUGAUCUCUCACAUAAUGCUCUUGGUGAAAAUCUGGAAAAUGACAUUGACGGUAAAAUAUUCCAAAAUCUCCGUACGUUGAACUCGUUAAACCUUACACGAAACAGAAUCGUCCGACUUCCUACGAAAAUAUUUCGGAAUCUCAAACAAAUAGAGAUUCUUAAUCUCAGUUAUAAUUCUCUGAGUGAGUUUACAGUACCAAUCAAUCAAAUGGUUCGUUUGUCUCACCUAGACCUCUCCAAUAACCAGAUAUCUACCAUGAAUACGGAAACUAGAAAUAUGCUAGAUGCAAUAUCACAAGAGAGGCUUGUCUCUGUGAAUUUGAAGAGCAACAAAUUAAGAUGUAAUUGUGAAAACUUAGAAUUUAUGAAAUGGGUGCUCAAAUCAAAGAAUGUUGUUUUUCUUCAUUUAGAUGAUUAUUUGUGUACUUUUUCCAAUUCCUCAAGAAUUCGAUUCUCAAAUAUCGAGUUACUACAAUUGAUGGAGAAGCAGUGUUCCUCGUAUACUCUCAUCAUCGUCAUUAUGACGUCAUUAAUAAUCGUCCUCUUAACAAUCACCAUCAGCCGUAUUCUUUAUAGAUAUAGAUGGAAACUGAGAUAUAUGUAUUACGUGGCGAGGGAAAAAUAUAAAGACGAUGUUCAGAGACCAGAUACAUUAGACGAUCAGUAUUAUUUUGAUGCAUUUUUAUCUUAUGCUGACAAAGACAGAAUAUUUGUGAUCGACCUUGUUAAACGUUUGGAAAAAGAAUUCAAUUUAAGGCUGUGUAUACAUCAUCGUGAUUUCAUCCCAGGAACAGGGAUAGCCGAUAAUAUCACGAACGCUAUUCAUUAUAGCAGGAAAACCGUCUGUGUCAUAACUUCACAUUUUUUACAAUCAUACUGGUGCAUGUUUGAACUUAACAUGGCACGUAUGGAAGCCAUUUAUUCCCGAAAUGGAGAAAACGUUUUGUUUUUGGUGGCAUUAGAGAAAGGCGCCAUGAAAAAAAUACCAUUCUCAUUCAUGGAUUUGAUUGAAUCAAAAUCUUAUAUAGAAUUUCCAGAGGGUGGAGAUAAGGAUGAAGUAACAGCCUUUCGAUCCAAACUUGGAGAUACAUUAAGAUCCCAUGACAAUGACUUUAGAUCAGCUGAAAUAAGGGUUGAUGAUUAAACAUUGUGGGAAAUGUGACUUUAACAUUAUAAAAGUAGAAAAUACCAGGACAAGGUUGUGUUCUUGAGUAUUUCUGAAAGUAGAUGACAAUAAUAACCAUUUACUUCUACCCCUCACUAAGAAAUGAAAUGCCUAUAAUAAAGUGUAAUACAUGAAAUUCA